AUGGCAGGUAGACUCGUGCGGGCCUUGUCAAUCAGAUCACCAAGCCUAGUGUCUCAGUCGGCUUGGACGCCUCCACACUAUCCUCUGGCAUCGCGUCACUGUAUUCGCGCCGCCCCCCGCUGGUUCCAUUCGACCGCAGCUAUGGUUGGCGCGUCGCUGGAACUGAAAAAGACCCUAACACCAGAUCUCCUGGAGAGCGUGCACCAACUCUGGUUUGCUCAUUGUGAGGAGGAGACUUCUCUAAUUCUCCCAGGCCAAAAUGAGAUGCAGCAUUGGUUCAAACGCGACGCGGAUUUCGACAGGGCCUGCGUUGCAAAAUUUCGCCCUGUGCUGGAAUCAAUUCUUACUUCCGAAGCAUCGGCCACCGACAUCCUAGAAACAAUCAACACAGCCUCGCCUUUAUCAUGGCUCUACACCCUUAUCCUUCUGGAUCAGAUCUCUCGAAACUGCUAUCGUGGUUCUGAAUCCAAGUUGGUAUUUACCCGUUUCGAUCCGCUAGCCAAUGCGAUCGCCAUACGUGCAAUUGAGAAGAGAAUUGUUUCUCAAUCGCCGGAGCUUCGAUAUCGGCUUGCCUAUCGCAUGUGGUUUACUCUGCCUCUGAUGCACUCCGAGGAACUAAAAAUACAUGAGAAAGCACUGGAGCAGUAUGAAAUCAUGACCGCGGAGCUGGAAGAGUUCGUUGACAGAGAUGUCGACACCUUGUCUGAAGAUGAACAGAAGUGUCAUCGCGUUUUGUCCGGCCAGCGAGAUGAGCUUAAGAAGCUCUUGAAUAUGCAUACCGAGUAUGAGAAGAGACACAAGGUCAUCAUUGAGCGAUUCGGGCGGUAUCCGCAUCGCAAUGAGGCUAUGGGCAGAUCCUCAACUCCGGAAGAGGUAGACUAUCUAGAGAAUGGCGGAGAGACAUUUGGCUAA